CUUUAACCGUAAUCAUUCACAUGAAUCAUCUGCGUACUUAUUUUUCUUUAGUUUUUCAGUAAGGAACCAAUACAUGUAGUAAGUGAAUAUUUUUUUACCUAUUUAUGUUUGUUGAAUUGCCGUUGUUUUGAAUGUAAUUCAAUUUGUAAUUGCUCGCUUUAACCAUUCUGCCACAUUUCUGUGCAUUGCUUUGACCGGGUCCGUCUAUUGUUUGUUUUUCACGUUUUGUCUGCUGUAGUUGUUGUGGGACGCGGGAAGCUGAUAAAAAGAUGUAUUUUUCUAUGAACUUCAUUUGAGAAUUCAAAUGUGCAUUUCUAAAACCUUGGCAAUUUAUAAUUUUGUAAUCUUUCAGUUAAUUGUUAUACUAAUUAAAACAAGUAACUUUGUUUUAUAAUUUAUACUGGUGUAUUUUAUGUGUUGUCUUUGUAAUUAAAUUUAAAUGAUUAAUAUUGUUUUAAUCAUAUCUAGCUAAUUGUAAAUUAGACUAUUUUGAAAAAGUAGGUAUAUAUUUUGUUUUGAUUCCUCUAGAAUUUUGUACAUCUUUAAUAAUUAUCUAUAGUGGUUAUCAUAUAUACGGUACACAUGUGACAUACCUAUUAUUCAAAAUAUUUGAAAUUCCUACCUAUUAGUGUAUUAUGCAACAUCUUCAUAUAGGUCUUAAUAUUAUUUGUGUACUUAGGUGUAUCUGUUUAAUAAUUAAUUUAAUGUUCAACUAAUUUUAUUUUGCAUUACAUUUAUAUUUCUUUGUUACCGUUGUGUAAGAUAUUAAGGAUAGCUUCUUAAUUUAUUGUUGAUUUUUCAACCAUUUUCAUAUUAAUUUUUAACUUGUUGAUUGUCUUACAGAAUUUAUUUAUCAAUUUCUACUUUGAUAAUUUACUAUACAUAUUUGUAGUUAUUACACUUCUCUACAUUUAGAUGCCAAAACUACUGAUAAGUAAUUUUAUAUAUUAUACAUAUACCUAUAUACCUAUUUAAAUAAAACAAUACAUAUAUUAAACUAUUUUGCCAUUGUUUACUGUUUUAAAGUACCUAUUAUUAUUUUCAAUUUUGCAAUUUUAACAAAUGCUAGAUUAUGUUUAAAAUACUAAUUAAAUGUUGGGUAGAAUUUUAUUUUGUUCGUAAAAUUAUUAUUUGAACUUCAUUUUAACAUUAUAUAUUUUAUAUUAAUUUUUAUUUUUUUAGUUAAAUGUCCCAUUCAUAGAUUUUUGAUUUUUGCAAUAUUUUAAUAGCUUGAUUAGUAUUAAGAAUAAUGUCAGUAACAAAUUAAAAUGAAAAUGAGUACCUAAAUGGUUCUUCAAAGCCUGAGAGUUGUGUGUACCAUUAUUGGUACUCGAAGCAUGUAAAAUAAAAACGUUAAAAAUGUUAUACCUAGGGUAAAAAUAUAUCUAGGAAAUAAAACUGCACUGAAAAUUACUACAUGAAAAAAAAUAACAAAGUUAAAAACUACAAUGCCAAAGCAUUUUACUUAAAAAUCACAAAUAUUAGUUUUAACUUUUAAGUCAAUUAAAGUCAAUAAUAAUUAAUCAUAAAUAUCGUAGAUUACAUGCUAUACCUAGUUGAUAAAAAAUUUGAUAUAUCUCUUUGUCCUCUUAAUUAAUGUUUUGAGUUUAUUCUGUAAUUUUGCAAAGAUUUUUAUUAAAUUUUUUUUAAAGAUCGUGCAUUUGUGUCCUUUUGGAUUUCUGUAAAUAUUUAUAAAUAAAUACUAUUACUAUUCAAAAAUAGUAUAUUUAGCCUCCUCUCUAAAAAAAUCCAGGGUUGGUCUGGAAUAUCUAGUUAUACAACAAAAGUUUAAUUGUAGCAGCUUGCAAUUAGCCACUAAUAUUUGUAAUUUUCAAAUAAAAUACAUUUGUCAUUUUUUGCCGAUUACCAGUAAAAACCGUAUGAGUACCAGAAACGGUACGUACGGCAGUCAACUUGUUAAAUACUUGUUAAAUCCACAGUUAUACCAAACCAUUUUUAUUUUAGAUAAGUCUUGAAUAUUUAGAAAGAAAAAUAUGUUUUAAAUUGUAUAAAAUAAGACUUAAUUAAUCGGAGUACUAGAUUAGGUAUUUAAUAAUUAUUGAUGCUGAGUGCAGCAGUUCCCAAAUAGUUGUGUCACAAUAUUCUAUAGGUAUAUACUAGUACAUAUAAUUUUAACUCUACGCCUCCUAUGGGAAGUACAUUGGAAGUCUGAGAGUUGCUGCUCUAAUGUAAAACUAGUUAUGUACUAUUAAUUUAUUUUAGAAAUGAAAUACUUGAAUACAAGUGAUAUAUUAUCUAACCUACUGAAUUAAUAUAAUUUUGUAAAUUAAAAUGCCUUUUUAUGUAUUUGUUUCAGGUUUAUAACACAACAUUUGUUUUGUUUGUGUGUAUGAAUGUCUUCUGAGUGAAUGGAACAGUGACUAGGUCUUCAACCCAAGGUUACUGUUGCGUAUACUUGUCGUCUGUCUGUUUUUGAGUAAGUUUAUUUAUUUAAAUAAUUUAUUUUUGGUUGUACAUGCUAAUUUAGCUAAAUUUUGUAUUUUAAUAGUUAAGUAAUAUUUUUUGUGGCAUUUAAUUAUUUUUUUAAAAUCAUAUUUGAAUUAUCUAAAUUUAAUUCUAAAUCUUUACAAUGCUUUUGGCUUGUAGACAUUUCCCUUCCAGAAUAAUUUUUCUGCUGGAAUAAUUAUAAUGAGUAUUCUUUUUUUGCUACAAUUAGCCUUAGUCCAGAACUUAGUAUGUUUAGAGAUUUUAAAUUUAACCUUCUCAGAUAUAUAUUAUAUUUUAACAUAUACCACACACUAUUAAAAUAAUUUAUAAAAAUAAGUUUAUUUUAAGUUAUUUUAAAUUAUGAAAUAAGUAUUUAAGUAUAUUAUUUUCUUUAGAUAUUUUUAUUUUAAUAAAAUGUAUGGAAUAAUUAACCAAUUAUUUAUAAUUAAAUACAAAUAUUUUUAUUAAAAGAUUUAAAUUUUUUAGCUGAAUAUUUAAAGAGAAAAAAAAUGGCUACGAUGACAGAACAAGUGUCAAAGAUUUUGGAUUUUUCCCAAAAACUUGAUAUAACACUUUUAGAAAAUAUUGUUGGAUGUAUGUAUACAGGCACUGGUGAUCAAGUAAGUUAUUUUUUGUUGUAAAUUAUAAGUUGUUAAUUUUUUUUUUUUUUUUUUUGGUUGCUUAUGUAUUUUAAUAAUUAAAAUAAAAUAGUUGAUUUUAAAUUAUAUUAUAAGGUGGUUUGAUUUUAAUUAUUAAUAUAAUCUAAUUUCAAUUUAUUAGCAACGAGCUGCCCAAGAAGUAUUGACUACUUUAAAAGAGCAUCCUGAUGCAUGGACAAGAGUAGAUACUAUACUUGAAUUUUCAAACAAUCAACAAACAAAAUAUUUUGCUUUACAAAUAUUGGAACAACUUAUUAAGACCAGGUGGAAAGUAUUGCCAAGAAAUCAAUGUGAAGGCAUUAAAAAAUAUAUUGUUGCACUAAUUAUUAAAACAUCUUCAGACCCUGUGACAAUGGACCGAGAAAAGACUUAUUUAAAUAAAUUAAAUAUUAUUCUUGUGCAGGUUUGUUUAAUUUAAAACUAUAACAUUAUGCUCAAUGAAAUUUAUAAUUAAAUAUUUAUUUAUUGCUACAAUUUGAUAUUUUAGGUUUUGAAACGCGAGUGGCCAAGAAACUGGGAAUCAUUUGUUGGUGAAAUUGUUGGUGCUAGCAGAACCAACGAAAGUCUUUGUCAAAAUAACAUGGUUAUAUUAAAACUGUUAAGUGAAGAAGUAUUUGAUUUUUCUGCUGGCAAUAUGACCCAAAUGAAAGCUAAACAUUUAAAAGACACCAUGUGUUCUGAAUUUGCACAGAUUUUUGAACUGUGUCAAUUUGUUCUAGUGAGUUUCAUUGUAUUUUUUAAGAUUGAAUUAAAUUAUAGUAAUUGAAGUUUUAGGGAUAUUAAUAUAAAUACAUUUUCAGGGAUCUUCUCAAAAUGUUGCUUUAGUAAAUGCAACAUUAGAUACCCUUCUAAGAUUUUUAAAUUGGAUACCACUUGGUUAUAUAUUUGAAACUGAUUUAAUUGACACAUUGAUUUUUAAAGUAAGUUACUAAAAUUAAAAAAAGUAAUAAAAUUAAAUAUUUUUUAAUCUAAAAUAUUUUUUAAUUUGUAAGUUCUUCAAUGUUCCCAUGUUUCGAAAUGUCACAUUGCAAUGUUUAACUGAGAUUGCUGCUGUAACAGUAACAAAUUAUGAUGCUUCAUUUGAGGGACUUUUUUCAAAAACAAUGGCUCAACUUAUUCAAGUAUACAAAUAUUUUUAACUUGUGUCAUAUAUUUUUUUAUCAAUUAUUAUUUAUAGAUGUUACCUAUACAUACAAACAUAAGAGAAGCUUAUGCUUCAGGGCAAGACCAAGAGCAAAAUUUUAUACAGAAUUUGGCAUUAUUUUUGUGUACAUUUCUCAAAGAACAUGCUCUUUUAGUUGAAAAAAAUGGAUCUAAUGAUGAUUUAUUAAGUGUAAUUUGUUACAUAAUUAAUUAAUGUUUUGAUUAAAUCAUUUUUAAAUAUAUGAUUGUAUAUUUUAGGCACUUCAUUAUUUAGUUAUGAUAUCAGAAGUUGAUGAAAUUGAAAUAUUCAAGAUUUGUUUGGAGUAUUGGAAUAGUUUAGCAGCGAGUUUGUACAGGGAAAAUCCGUUUGGUCAAUUGCAAAUAGUUGGCCUUUUUUCACUUUCUCCAAAUAAUAUGCCAGAUGGUAAUGCUAUUUCACCUAGGCGCCAAUUCUAUGCACCUGUUUUAUCUCAAGUUUGUUCUAUUUAUUUAUACAAUUAUAAUUUUAAUUAAAUGUUAAUAUAAAUACAUAUAUUUGUAUUGAAAAUAGACUGUAGACAUAAUUGUUUACUUUGUGAAUUUUUAAUAUAUAUUUUUGUUUGGAUUUUUUAUAGAUGCGAUUCAUAAUGAUAAGUCGCAUGGCUAAGCCAGAAGAAGUAUUAGUAGUAGAAAAUGAAAAUGGAGAAGUUGUUAGAGAGUUUAUGAAAGAUACAGAUGCUAUUAGUUUGUAUAAAAGUAUGAGAGAAACCCUGGUUUAUUUAACUCAUUUAGACUGUAUGGAUACUGAGAGGAUUAUGACUGAAAAGUUGCACAAUCAAGUCAAUGGAAAUGAGUGGUCAUGGAAAAAUCUAAAUACCGUAAAUAUAAAUAUUUUCACUACUUUUUUGCUAACUUAUAUUUAUUGUAAAAUUUUAUUUAGCUUUGCUGGGCUAUUGGUAGUAUUUCGGGUGCAAUGCAUGAAGAAGAUGAAAAACGAUUUUUGGUUACAGCUAUUAAAGAUUUAUUAGGGCUAUGUGAACAGAAAAAAGGCAAAGAUAAUAAAGCAAUUAUUGCUUCAAAUAUUAUGUAUGUCGUUGGGCAGUAUCCGAGAUUUUUACGUGCUCAUUGGAAAUUUUUGAAAACGGUCGUCAACAAAUUAUUUGAGUUCAUGCAUGGUAAAAGAUUUAUUUAUUUUUUAUAAAUACUUUAUUCAUUAGAUAUAAUUAAUAUGAAAUUAAGGGAAUUGUAUUAAAUUUAUUUUAACAGAAUUUGUAUAUCCAUAAAAGUUAUUGAGGUAUUAGUGCAGAUAAUUUAAUUUAAAUGUUCUACAUUAUCUUUGGUAAUGAACUAAUUAUGAACUUUCAUAGUUUUUAUUGCAUUAUUAAAAUUUAAUUAAUUUUAGUCUCGCAUUAAAUAGUAUUAUAGAACUACAUAAGAAAAGAAAUGUCACCACCAGUGAUGAAAAUGUCAUGCUAAUUUUGAUAUAAGUGUGAAAUUAAAUUUGAUUUCUGAGAUUAUCAUACACCAUUCUGUUAAAUAAUAUUCACUAUUUAUUUUUAAUCAUGCAUUUACAUAUUUAUAUUUAGAUAAUAUUUGAAUUAUAUUUAGGUAGUAAUAAUAAGUCAUUUUUAUUAUUAUUUAUAGUGCUUUAUAUAAUUUAAAAUUAAAUUAUUCAGAUAUCAGUGAUGAUAAAAUGCCAUGCUAAUUUUGAUUUUAACAUUUGAAAUUAAAUUUGUUUUCUGAGAUUUGUCAUAUUAUGUAGUAUAUUAUAGUAAUUUACUUAAAACUUAUUUUAUUAUGUUUAUAUUAUAUGAUUUUGACAGUGUUUGAAGUUAUUCAAUAAUUAGUUGCAUUGUCAACGUGGUUAGAUUUUUAAAUUUUAAUAUACUGUAUUUAUAAAAUAAUUUUUAUAUAGACAUAAUGACAUAGUAAAACACCACCCCUACAGCAACAAAAUAAUAAUAAAUGUUAUUCCAAUGUAUGCUUGUAUUAUUUCUGUUUUUAAAUUAUAUAAGUGAAGUCUUUCAGAUAAAAUAAAUAAAAUUGAAAAAAAAAAUCCAAUUCAAAUAAUGAUUAUUAAAUUCAUGCAUCCAAGUAUUUCACUGGAGAAUAUUUUAUUUAGAGUUAGUUAUUGAGAAGUAAUACUGUGUUCCAUAUCAAUAACUAUAAAUUAGUCAUUCAAUUGCAAAUGAUUCUAAAUUUUAUUUAAGAUAUUUAAAUGAAGAUAUAUUUUUAAGGAACCAAUGACGCAUACCUUUGUUAUAAAUUGUAUGUUUUAUAAAGUAAUGCAUUUAAAAAUUAAACAUUUCAUGUUUUAAAUUGGGAAAGAUUGUUGAAAGUGAAUUUAUAAUAGAAUUUUGAUUAGUCUUACUGUGAUUAAUUUACUCUUACUGCUUUUCUGUGAAGUAAGACUUAAAUUAAUAUUGACAACUGAAUUGCAAAUGAUUAUGAAUUAUAUCUUGAAAUAAAUGAGGUUACAAAUCUAAGGAACCAAUGAUGCAUUUCUAUUUAUUUUAAAAUUUUAUAUUUUCUAACAGAAUAGGUAUUAAAAAAUUAAACAACAUAUUCAAUGAUGAAAAAUUGCUUAUCGUGAUUACACAAAAUGAUUUUGAUUAGUCUUUCUGAGAAUAUUAACUAAACUCAUUGUGUGUGUUUGCUGUUGUUGAAUGUUCUAUUCAAAUUACUAUAAACUUUCAACUUGCAAAUGAUUAUAAAUUAUAUCCUGAGAUAGAUAAGUGAAGAUACAAAUCUAAGGAACCUAUGAUGCUUUUUUUUGUGUUUUAUGUAAUUUUUUUAUUUAUUUUUUUUUUUUUAGGCUUUUACGAGCCAUUUAGGCUCUUUGCCGCCAAAACUACUUCCUUCCAUCGCUCUCUAUCAUAUGCCUGCUCCCAGUCCACUCCAAUUUCUUCUAAUAAUUUCUUGACGCUGUCCUUCCAUCUUUUCCGCGGUCUUCCCCUUGGUCUCUUUCCCCUUGUCAUAUAUGUCAAUGCUUCUUUCAACAUACUUCCAUCAGCCCGCCAUAUAUGGCCUGCCCAUUCUAUUCUUGUCCCUCUAGUGAAUUGGACCACAUCUUCUCUUUUGUACAGCUGGUAUAGUUGGGCGUUUGUUCUUAUUUCCCAUUUCUGUUCUGUAUUGUUGAAUACGGGUCCAUAAAUUUUUCUAAGAACUUUUCUUUCNAUGUUGUUUUGGUUAUUUAGGGUAGACCCAAGGUACUUGAACUCUUGUACUUCUUCAAAGGUGUUAUUUCCCACGUGGAGGUUAUUAUGGUCACCCCUCCUCGCUUUACCAUCAUGUAUUUAGUUUUUCCACUGUUUAUGGUUAAGCCAAUAUCUUUUCCUAUCUUUAUCAGUUCUUCAACAGUAUUCUGAAUACCUUCUCGUGAAUUCCCAAUAACCACUAUGUCGUCUGCAUAUGCUAGUAAGAUAUUUCCUUUGUCAAGGUUUAAUGUCUCAGUUCGUGGUACCUUUCUUAUUACACUCUCCAGUGCCAUAUUGAAAAGCACUGGUGACAUCGCAUCCCCUUGCUUUAAUCCACUAUUUAUUAUAAACGAAGAUGAUAUCUCGUUGUUCACCUUGACUCGGCUACUGGUAUUCGUGUUACACAGUUUUAUCAUGUUGAUUAAUUUAGUUGGUAAACCAAAGUCUUUAAGAACUUUCCAUAGUUUUCCUCUAAUUAUGCUAUCAUAUGCUUGUUUGUAAUCUACAAAAACCAUAUGUAGAUCUUUCGCGAACUCAUAACUUUUUUCCAUAAUUUGUCUUAUGACAAAUAUGUGAUCAGUAGUUGAUUUAUUUUUUCUAAAUCCGCUUUGGUAGUUACCUACUAUCUUAUCUGUAUAAAUUUGCAAUCUUUUAAGUAUGAUUAAUGAUAAUACCUUAUACCCAGUGUUCAAGAGUGUUAUUCCUCUAUAAUUCUCUACUUUUUUUCGGUUACCUUUUUUGAAAAUUGGACAUAUUAAUGAUUCAUUCCAGUCUUGUGGUAUCUUUUCCUUUAUCCAUAUCUGUUGAAUUAGAUGAUGUAAUUCUUGUGUUAGGUUUUUCCCUCCUAACUUCAAUAAUUCAGCUACAAUUUUAUCAUCUCCUGGUGACUUAUUAUUUUUUAGAGUCUGGAUUGCAUACUGUGUCUCUUCUAAACUUGGGUUUAAUACUUCUGGUUCUGCUGUAUAAUGUAUGGUGUCGUCUUGUUCGCCUACUUCUUUCGUUGUUGAGCCUCUGUUAAGGAGUUUCUUAAAGUACAUUCUAAAUUCCUCGGCCAUGUUUUCCGAUCUAGUAAUUAGAGCACCAUUAUUAUCUUCGAUCAUCUGUAUAGCUGGUAUAAAUCCAUUUUUAAAUGUUUUGCAACGUUUGAAGAAUUCUCUGGGGUUGUGUUUGAAGUUUUCAAUCUCCCCUAAUCAUUCUUUUUCCGCUAUUCUCUUUUCUUUUCUUAUCAGUGUAGUUACUUCUCUUCGUUUGUUCUCGAAGUCCCUUAUGUUCUCGGGGGUUGGUGUAUGGAUUGCUUUGAUUCUGGCUUCGUUGCGUUCCUUGAUUCCUUUCUUGCAAUUAUCAUUAAAUCAUUUCUUUGUUUUCUUUCUUUGUGUGUGUUGAAUGACUUUUUCUGCGGAUUCCGUUAUUGAGGCUUUUAUUACUUUCCACGACUCCUCAACCUGUUCAUUAUCACUGCCCUCUCUUUUUCCCAAGAAAUUUGUCACUGUUUCUUGAAAUGUCCGUAAUGUUUCUUCAUUUUUUAAUUUAUCCACAUCGUAUUUUCCGAGGAUUUUUUGUUUCUUUUUCCAUUCCAUGGACAUCUUUACUCUGAAGUCAAUCAGGAUCAAGUAAUGGUCUGUGUCUGCGUCUGCUCCUCUGUAGCUUUUGACGUUUCUUAUAAUCGUCUUAAAUUUAUUUUCUAUAAGGACAUGAUCAAUUUGGCUACUAUAUCUUCCUCCUGGAGAUAACCACGUUUCUUUAUGAAUAUUUUUCCUUGGGAAUCUUGUACUGCUUAUUACCAUAUUUUUACUUAUUGCAAAAUUAAUUAAUCUUAUUCCGUUAUCAUUACUUCGGUCGUGUAGACUAUGUUUUCCAAUAGUCGCUUUGUAUGCAUUUUCUUUUCCCACUUGGGCGUUCAUAUCUCCCAAUAAUAAUUUAAUGCAAUGANUAAAAGGCGUCUUUUGUUUCUUCAUUUCCUGAUUCGGUUGGUGCGUAUGCGCAAAUCAUUACCAUGUCCCGGUGGUUCAUAUUGAUCCGAAUGUAACAUAUUCGGUCAUUUAUAGCCUUAAAUUGUUUAAUCCAUGGUAUUAGACUAUUGUGCACGAGGAAACCCACCCCAUUUUUAUGCUUAUUAGACGUUAUACCGCCAUAGAAUAAUGUCAUGUUACCUGUUGGUAGACAUCCUUCACCUUGCCAUCUCGUUUCUUGUAACGCUACUAUAUUUACCUUAUAUCUAUUGCAUCAACUAGUGUACCAAGGGCUCCUGCUUUAUAUAACGUUCUUAUGUUCCAUGUGCCAAUCCUAAAUCCUUGUAGUCCGGGCCGUUUCCAUUGUGUUUUAUCCAAAUCUCUGUCCCGAGGCUUUAGUUUUGGUUUCUUAACAGUAGAGUUUUUUUACAGUGACGGGUUGUUAGCCCGUCGCCAAACCCCCAACCUGGAGGACCAGACUGAGCCAACCAGUUAAGGUCAGCUCAGAGCUCGGGGCCCCGGGUUCGCCAAACCCGUAGUGCUAAUUACUUAGCACCCCCCUGAGGGGUUUUAUAUAAUUAAUUAUUUAAAAAUUAACGUAUCCUAUGAUGAAAAAUUGCUUAUUGUUAUUACACAAAAUGAUUUUGAUUAGUCUUUCUGAGAAUAUUAACUAAACUCAUUGUGUGUGUUUGCUGUUGUUGAAUGUUCUAUUCAAAUUACUAUAAACUUUCAACUUGCAAAUGAUUAUAAAUUAUAUCCUGAGAUAGAUAAGUGAAGAUACAAAUCUAAGGAACCUAUGAUGCUUUUUUUUGUGUUUUAUAUAAUUAAUUAUUUAAAAAUUAACGUAUCCUAUGAUGAAAAAUUGCUUAUUGUGAUUACACAAAAUGAUUUUGAUUAGUCUUUCUGAGGAUAUUCAAUUUCAAUUAAACUCUUUAUAAAGUAAGACUAUUCUUUCCAAAUAACUGUAAAAUUCCUAAAUGCACAUAAUUAAGAAUUAUAUCUUGACAUUGAAAAGUGAAGAUAGAAAUUUAAGGAACCUAUAAUGCAUUUAAUAUUUUAUUAAUAAACUAAAUGAUUAAUUACUGGACUAUUAAAAAAAUAAAAAAAAUGUUUAUUUAAAGAAAAAGAAAGAUUAUUGUGAUAAUAAAAUAAAUAUUAAUUAUUUUUAUGAGUUUGUACUAUAUAAGGUUUUAUUUUAUUUGUUGAAUGAAUUUGCUACUUGCAUACUCGCUAAUAACAAAGUUUGUUUGAGAUAAAUUAUUUAAGAUAAUUUUGUUUUUUUUAGAAACUCAUGAUGGUGUUCAAGAUAUGGCUUGCGAUACAUUUAUCAAAAUUGCAAUGAAAUGCAGAAGGUACUUUGUUCAAAUUCAACUUGGAGAAGCUAUGCCAUUUAUUGAUGAAAUUCUUAAUUCAAUGGCAACAAUCAUUAGUGAUCUACAACCACAACAAGUAAUAUACCACAUUAACUAUCAAAUUGAUAUUAGUAAUUUAACAAAUGUUUUAAUUUGUAUUAAAGGUGCAUACGUUUUAUGAAGCUGUGGGUGUUAUGAUCAGCGCUCAAGUGAAUACAAAAAUCCAAGAACAACUUAUUGAUAAAUAUAUGUUGUUGCCAAAUUUAAUCUGGGAUGAUUGUAUCAGUCAAGCUUCCAAAGUAUUAAAUUAAUUUUUAGCUAUACAUUUAUUUUUACAUUUUUUACUAAAUAGUUUUUUUUUUUUCUAGGAUGUUGAGAUACUUAAAGAACCUGAGUUUGUUAAACAAUUGGGUAAUAUUUUGAAAACAAAUGCUAGAGCAUGCAAAUCUCUUGGACAUCAGUAUGUUGUCCAAGUAAGUAUAUUUAUGGUAUUUAAAUAUUCUUAUUUUUAAUAAUCUAACAUUAUUUUUAAAUUCAUGUAUAGUUAGGAAGAAUAUACUUGGAUAUGUUGAAUAUUUAUAAUGUAAUGAGUGCCAAUAUUACUGAUGCUAUAGCUACUAAUGGAGAUAGUGUUACAAAACAACCUUUGAUUAAAAAUAUGAGAGUUAUUAAAAAAGAAACAUUACGCCUGAUAUCAGAUUGGAUUUCUAGAUCUAAUGAUAAUGGAAUGGUAUGUUAGUUGUUAAUUAUAUUUUAUAAAUCCUUCCAUAAUUGUUUCAUAUUAUAUUUUUAGGUAUUAGAAAAUUUUAUCCCUCCCUUAUUGGAAACAGUACUAGUUGAUUACAGUAAAACUAUGCAUCCAUCUGCUAGAGAACCUGAAGUACUUAGUGCUAUGGCAACAAUUAUUGACAAACUUCAAUCUGACAUCACUCCUGCAGUAUCUAAAAUAUUAGAUGCUGUGUUUGAAGCUACACUUACAAUGAUAAAUAAAGAUUUUGAGCAGUUUCCUGAACAUAGAACAAAUUUCUAUCUUCUUUUACAAGUAAGUCAUUUUAGUAAAGGUUAUUUUAUUUUUUUAUUGCCAUUAAUUUUUUUUUCAGGCAAUAAAUAACCAUUGUUUUAUAUCAUUACUUUCCAUACCAGCACCUCAGUUUAAAUUGGUUUUGGAUGCAAUAUUUUGGGCUUUUAAACACACAAUGCGUAAUGUUGCUGACACUGGAUUAUCGGUAUGUGAAUAAAUUAAAAAUAUUAAAUAUAGUAUGUACCCAUUUAAUGUAUAAUGAUACAUUAUAUAAAAUAAAAGCAUAAACUUUUUUAGUUCAAUGUUCAUAGUAUUAUUAAAAGAAAUAUUAAUUGCAAUGCAUUAAAAUGCUAUUUUUAUUUGAGUUUAGUUCUGACAAAUUUGAAAAUAAACUUAUAAUUCCCAACAAUUGCAAUUUUAUGAAAAUAUAAAUACAGUGGAUUCUUCUUAUAUCAAAAAUGUCGAUAUUUCAAAUUUUUCGUUACCAGGAAUUACAUUAAAAUCCUAUUGAAUCUACCAUUACAAUUAAUAACAUUUUGUUCUUGAUAACUCGUUUAUAAAUUAAUAGUUUUUCAUCGUCUCUAGUACACAAAUAAAAUAUUUAUUACGGUAAGAACAGAAAAUUGUGCAGUACAUUCAGUAUAUUGAUCUUGAUUGCAUGUGUUUGUAGUCAUUUGUACAGUAUAGUGAAAUGGAAAAUAAGCUUAAAUUAAUUGUCCUUUCAAUUUUGAACAAAGUUUUAUUAGUUUGUUCAAAAAGGUGACCAUAAAAAAAUAUGAAAUCGCUAAUAAAUUCAAUAUUUCACCAAAUACAUUAUCAUCAAUUAUUAAGCAAAAAAAUAAAAAUUUUAAGUUCAAUUAUGGAAUUUCGAAAAUAAAUAAAACAGGCAUUUACUGUUAUAGAUCCGCCUCAUAGACUGCUUUUCAUUUUUAAACAGCUAUAAGGUUUAGAGAGAUAACCAUGUUUCUACCAAAAACUCAAUAAGUAUUAUUUUAUUGUCUAUGUAAAAUCUAUGUUAUUAUUUUAAUACUUUCUUACUAUAAAAUAGCCUGAUUUUUAAUAUAUUGAAUUAGAUUAUUAUACAUUUUAAAGUUCAUCUUAUCAUAAUACUCCGUUCAUUAAUUAAUUAAUUUUAUAUUUAUAUAUUUAUAGUAAAUAUUAUAGUUCUUUAUCAUUUAACCAUAUAUUGUUUAAAAUAUUUAAAAUAUUUAUAAUUUACAUCAUGAUUCUAUGCCAUAUACAACUAUGUCAAAUAUAAAAGUAAUAAACCUAUUAUAGAUUAAAUUAAAAUUUGUUUGUCUUCUUGGUUUUAUUAUAGAUUGUAUUUUAAUUGUUUUUUUUAUUAUCAUUAACUUUGAUUAAUAUUAUUUAUAUAAUUGAGUAAUGAUGAAACCAAUUACCAUUCAUUAAUUUAUAUUUCCAGAUAUUGUACAAACUAUUGCAGAAUGUCCAACAGCAUAAGCAAGCAGCCCAGAGUUUCUACGUAUCAUAUUUUACUGAUAUCCUACAGCAUGUAUUUUCUGUUGCCACUGAUACAUCACAUACUGCUAGUAAGAUAAGUUAUAUUAUGGUUUAUAGGAUGUUAUUAAACAAUUUUUGUUUCAGGUUUAAUGAUGCAUGCACAAAUUUUAUCGUACAUGUUCAAACUAGUUGAGAGUGAUAGGAUUGAGGUUUUGUUAAGUGCACCAGGUGCACCUCCUGAUGGUAAAGUCACCGAAAAAAAUAUUGCUUAUGUUCAUGAAUUUGUUGUAUCACUUCUAAAGACAGCAUUUCCUCAUUUGGCUGAACCACAAAUUGUCCUUACUGUACAAGGCAUGUUUAAUUUGAAUCAUGACCUCACUGCGUUUAAAGACCAUCUUCGUGAUUUUCUUGUUCAGAUCAGGGUAAGUAUCAAAGUAAUAAAACUACAGUUUUUUCUAACACUUAUAAAAAAUUAUCUCAAAACGUAAUUAAACUCGUAUAGAAUUAAAUUUAUUAAUACUUUAUAAAUUAUAUUUUUUACAGUAUGUUAUAAUAUGGCAUAUUUGACUUAUAUUUUACUGAAAUUAAAUUUUUGCAAAAGCUAUUUAUAUAAUAAAUUGUAUAUAUUCAAAACAGUAAUAUAUUAAAAUAUGUUGUCCUAGAAUAAUGGGGAGGGAUGCAGCCACUAUUGUGGGUGGGAAGUAGAAAAGGUGGGUUAUAAAAGGGAAUUUAAUGUAAAUUUGAAAGCAACAAUAAACUAUUGUUAAUUAAUAAAUGAUCCUGAGCGGAGUUCAGUUGAUAGUGAUGCUUUUUCAACAAUAUAUAUGUCAUAUGGUAAAAUAAUUAAAUAGGCAUUAUGUAUUUUCUUUAAUAUUUGUUUAAUAUUAUAUUGAUAUUCCUAGUUUUUGCUCAGUUUAUUGAACAUCAAAAAUUUACUUCCUUAAUAAAGUACCUUCCCAGUCAGAUUUCCUUUAAGAAAAAGUGCUAUCAUUGUAAAUUUGAGCAAAAUUGCUGGAAGAAAAAUUAUUUACAGGAAAAUAAUCUUAAUAUAUAAAUAAUAUAUUUUAUACAUUUUCCCAUUUUUCCUCAAUUUUUUUUUCGGUUUUUUACAUUUGAUGAGAAAACUCCUGAGAAAAUCAAAUAAUAACCUACCUAAAGUACCACCCCAAGUUAAUUUCCUUUCAGAAAAUGAUCUAAUUGUAUAUAUUGUUGUGAGCUUUCUUGUAGAAUUAGUGUUCACAUAAAAAUAAAAAAAUAGAAAUAAACAUUUUUGUAAAACCAAUAAAUUCUUUGCUACACUCAGAAUCUAAAAUAGAUAGUUAUAAGUUAUGGAAUCUGAACAACAGAAAUAAAAUAAUUAGAACUUAAAAAAAAAAAAAAGAAAGAUAAAUCAGUGAUGACAAAAUGCCAUGCUAAUUUUGAUAUAAAAAUAUGAAAUUAUUGUUUUUGUUCUGAGAUUUAUCCUAAUAGUAUUAGAAAUGGCCAAUAUUAGUUUUAUAGUUGUAGUACUUGGUGUGUAAAAAAAUCAUAAAAAUUACAUUAUUUCAAAACAUGUUUAACUUGUUUGCCCAGAAUUUAUUUUCGUUACUAAUGAUUUAUUGUUGUGUUCAGAUAUAAAUUGAAUAUAUUAUUUUUAUUUAUCUCACCUUCAGAGUUCUAUCUAACAACUAAAGCAAAAUUAAACAAAACAAAAAUUAUUAUUAUAUACAUUUUCUCUAAUUAUUAAGAAAAUAAAAUAAAAUACCUAAUGUACUAAAAGAAAACAAUUUGUUACCAAAAAUCUAGGGUUGAUGCUUGGAGCACUAUUUCUGGUAUAAAAGCUAUUUAUAGAAGAAAAAAAACACUACAAAACCAAUACAUUCCUAGCUCAAAAUCUAAAAAUCGUUGCACUUUAUUUGUUGUAUCAGUUUUUAAUAAAAGUCCCAUCCUGUAUCCUGUACUCUACUUGGGUUAACAUAAUUGAAUAGUUGAUUAUUUUAAGACUAUGACAUUUUUUACUUCAUUAAUUGUUCCUAACUUAUGUACAACAUUUUUGAAUUAAUACAUAAUGUAUACAACUUAAAUGCUAUAAUAUUUUUAAAUUUGUUUUUAAUACAAGUCAUUUUUAUUAUAUUAUAUCUAUUUAUAACUUAUUAUUUUAUUGGAUUAUUAGGAAUUUACUGGGGAAGAUACAUCAGAUUUAUAUCUUCAAGAAAGAGAACAAGCAUUAAGAGCAGCUCAAGAAGAAAAACGUGAAAUACAGAGGUCUGUACCUGGUAUAUUGAACCCACAUGAAAUCACUGAUGAUAUGCAAGACUAAAUUACAUGAAUAUCUAGCAAAUAUCACAUCACAUUUACAUACCUGUUGGUUUUGUACUAUAUUAUUUUAUCCAUCUAUCUAUUUAUUUAUUUGAAGCAGAACUUAAAAUAUUUUUUCAAUAGCGUACUUAGAUACUUAUUUUUUAUCAACAGUCUUAUAUGUAUUUAAAUAAUAUGUAUAUUUCAAAAACAAACAAAACUACCCAGUUGUUUUGCAAAUUUGUAUACUAAAACUAAAAAAUUGACUGGUUAAGAAUGAUUGUUGUUUAAGUUAUGACUUAAUAUGGUACCAAUCUACUGUUGCUGUAGAGGCGUGGAUUUUUAAGCCCACCAAUUCUAUUAACUUAGAGACUACUCUAUUUGAUAAGUUUUUUUUUUAUAUACACUUAAAGGAAUAAAUAUAUAUUUAUAUAUUUAUGAUAAUAUGUUCAAAAUUAAAUAAACAAGAAAAAAUAAAUUAAAAUCAAAUGAUUUGAUAUUUGUAAUUGUAAAUACUUCAGUAAAACAUGUGAAUUAAUUUUUUUAUUUAUUAUUUUUAUUUUAAAGUAUGGUUGGGAAAAAAUGUUUAAUAUGUUGAAGUUAUACAAGUGGAUAAUUAAAAAAAUUUUAUAUUAAAAAAAACCCAAUUGUAAAAAUAAUUGUACAAAUUUUUUUCUUUACUAUUUUUAUAUGAAACAAGUUGGAGAACUUAAUUAAUCUAACAGAUUAGCAUUAGAUUUUUUUUUUUGUUAUCUAUUAUUUGAUAAGUUCACUGUAAUUUGUUCCCAAUUAGGUUCUAGAUUUAAUGGCAUUUAAUAAAAUUAAGCUGACAUCUUUUUGACUAAUAUGUUUAUUCUUUGUGAUGUGAUGUGUAUAUAUCAAGUAAUGCCUAAUCAUAUUUAUAAAUAUAUUGCAUCUUUAAUAUUAAGGUAGUUAAUUUGGUAUUACAUUCACCGGCUAUUAUAUAUAUAUAAAUAAAUGUAUGAACUGUUAGGUUUUUAAAGGAGAUUAAGUCUUUUUACAUAAUAUCUUAACUGUUUAGUCAUCUGUUGGUAUUUUUUUUCUUGCAAUGCUUCC